AUGGAGCCAUCACUGACAGAAGCCGUGGCGAACAGCCAAAACCAGGACCACUUCAUCGGAAUCGAUGUCGGUACCGGCUCCGCGCGAGCCUGUAUUAUGGACUCGACCGGCGACAUCAAGGCAUUGGCUUCUGAAAACAUCAAGCUAUGGCAGCCUGUCGGAGGCGGGGAGGGCUCUCACUAUGAGCAAUCCACCACAGAUAUCUGGAAUUGCAUCUGCAUUUGCGUGAGGAAGGUCGUGGCAGACUCUCUCGUGGACCCAACCCUUAUCAAGGGCAUUGGGUUCGACGCCACUUGCUCUCUGGCGGUGUUUGCCCAUGAUACCGACGAGCCGAUCACCGUCACCGGCCCCGAUUUCAAGAAUGAAGGCGACGACCGCAACGUUAUCCUCUGGCUAGACCAUCGGCCGUUAGAGGAGACGGAGAAGAUCAACGCAACCGGCCACAACCUCCUGCGAUAUGUCGGCGGGAAGAUGAGCGUCGAGAUGGAGAUCCCCAAGGUCCUGUGGCUGAAGAACCACAUGCCUCCAGAGCUUUUCGAUCGCUGCAAGUUCUACGACUUGGCAGAUGCUCUAACACACCUGGCAACCGCCAAGGAGACGCGAAGCUUCUGCAGCGCAGUUUGCAAGCAAGGCUAUGUGCCCGUUGGUGUAGAUGGCAGCGUAAAAGGCUGGCAAGAAGACUUCUAUGAGCAGAUUGGUUUGGGGGAUCUGGCUAAAGACAACUUUAAACGUGUCGGAGGCGUCAAUGGGGUGAACGGGGAAUAUUUGAGUGCGGGAGAACUAGUAGGUCAGUUGUCCGAGAAAGCGGCUGAACAGCUAGGACUGCCUCAGGGUAUUGCUGUCGGUAGCGGUGUCAUCGAUGCCUACGCCGGAUGGAUUGGAACUGUGGGUGCUAAGGUCAAGCUCACUCCCGACCAUCUCGAUGAUUCGGUCCCCAAGAACGAUGUUUCUCAGGCCUGUACACGACUUGCUGCCGUAGCAGGUACCUCGACGUGCCACCUUGCCAUGUCAAAGGAGCCAGUGUUUGUAAAAGGUGUUUGGGGGCCAUACCGAGAUGUCCUCCUCCCGGGUAACUGGAUGGCUGAGGGAGGUCAGUCCGCCACUGGCGAGCUGCUACGCCAUAUGCUGGAGACACAUGCGGCGUAUGCUGAGACCUUCGCACUGGCUCAGGCCUUGGGAAAGAACAUUUAUGACUUCUUGAACAGUUACUUGAGGGAUAUGAAGAAGGCUGCGGGUGCGCCGUCGAUCAGCUACCUGGUGCGCCACUUCUUCUUCUAUGGAGACCUAUGGGGAAACCGCUCGCCUGUUGCGGACCCAAAUAUGAGGGGAGCUAUCAUUGGUAUGAGCAAUGAUAAGUCGACCGACAGCUUGGCCCUGCUAUACCUAGCCACGAUGGAGUUCAUCGCACUACAGACGAGACAGAUCGUCGACACAAUGAACGACGCGGGACACACGAUCCUCAGUAUUUUCAUGUCUGGAAGUCAGUGUCAAAACGACAUUCUGAUGGACCUGAUGUCCACUGCCUGCGGUAUGCCGGUACUCAUCCCGCGGUACGUCAACGCUGCUGUCGUUCACGGAGCUGCCAUGCUAGGAGCGAAGGCCGCAAGCACCCAAGAAGAUGGGACCAGCGAAGACCUUUGGGAUAUCAUGGAUCGGAUGAGCAAGCCAGGCAAAAUCAUCAGGCCAAACGAGGAUAUAGGCGAAAAGAAGCUGCUAGAUGCCAAGUACGAGGUGUUCUUAGAGCAGUGCCGCACGCAACAGGAAUACCGCAAAAAGGUCGAUGUUGCCAUCGAGGGCUGGGCAAAAUGA